AUGCGACUAUCAGUGGACAAGCUGAAUAAGUUCUUCGAUAAAAUCGCCGCAUCCACUCCUAAUGUCAUUGAUGCAAAGAACACCUUUGCAGCGUUUACCACCGAUGUAAUUGCAAGUACCUCAUUCGCCACUGAAACAAACGCCAAUGAGGACCCGAACAACCCUUUUGUGGCCAAUGGAAAGGAGUUCUUCAACACUAAUGUUUUCAAGUCGCUGCUCAUUAUCCUUCUACCAAAGUUCAUGCGAGACCUGCUCGGCCUUGAUUCCUUCUUUGCCGACAAACCGUUCAAAUUUUUUAUUGAAGUUGCAAAGCACAUUGUCGAGCAACGUAAGAGCGGUGCCAUGGGACCAAGAAACGACCUUGUUCAGCUGCUCAUGGACGCCCGAGUUGACCAGAAGGACAUUGAGGAGAUGAACUACGAGAAGAUGACUGUGGAUGAAAAUGAGCUGAAUAAUAACGGUACAGCCGAAGUGACUAGCAACAAAAAGGAAAACAGCUCAACGAAGAAGCGACUGGAUGACAGUGAGAUCAUUGCCAACUGCAUUUUCUUCUUUGUUGCAGGCUACGAGACUACUGCUAGCACACUGACGCACUUCAUGUUCGAGCUGGCCCAAAACCAGGACAUUCAGGAGCGACUGUACCAAGAGGUGGAGGGCGCACUGUCACAGUUUGACAAUGAACACUCUGAGGAGUACUUUGAGGUGGUCAUGAGCGGCAUUCCCUACCUGGAGGCGACCAUCAAGGAGACGCUGCGCAAGUACCCGCCCCUGUCAGUGGUGGGCCGAGUAUGCGAGGCGGACAACUACAAACUGGGACCGGCGACGCUGCCCAAGGGCGCACUGAUCAAUGUGAUGAUCAAUGCGAUUCACCUCAAUCCGGAGUACUACCCAAGCCCCCACCAGUUCAACCCUGACCGCUUCAUGCCGGAGAAUAAGCACCAGCUGGUGCCUUACACCUACCUUCCCUUUUCAAUUGGGCCGAGAAACUGCAUUGCCAUGCGCUUCGCCUACCAGGAACUUCGACUGUGCAUCGCCUCCAUUGUGCGCAAGUUCAAGUUUGAAGUUACCCCAGACACACCAAAGGAACUGAAGUUCAAGAGCGCUAGUGUCCUCAUGAUGGCCGAGCCGUUUUCCAUUCGAGUCACCAAACGCUGA